AUGGUCAGACAAUGGAAUUGGCGAGGCACAUUAGCACAGCCAUUUGCAGUUCGGCUUUUUAAAGGAAUUUGGAAUGCUCACCCAAGAUUUGCCACAAGAACUGUUUUAGUUCAAAAUAAUGAUGUUGAUGGAGCCUUCGGGUUAUUGAAUAGGUAGGAAUUCUCGAAAUGAGCUUGAACUGAACAUUAAUGAAAAGAAAAAUAAAUUAGGUCACGUUUUUUUGACGUUAAAAACCCCGAAAAUGUUAUUUUUAUUCAUUUUUUUACCAUUUUCUCAACACAAGUGAAGGUAAAACCCAAUUUUAGUGUUUAGAAAUGCUGGGGGAAUAGAAAACGUUGGUUUUAAAUGAAAAAGCAUGUAUUUUUAUCCAUUUUUGCCUUUUACACCAUAUCUCUAAAUAUCUUGAAAUCUGUUUAUGUAACAAAAAAAUUGAGAGAAAGUUAUGAGCUCGCAAAUCACCGCAUUUAUUGUAUUUUCAUGAAUUCACUUCAAAUUUUGGUUUUUGGCUGAAUUUGAAGUUAAUUCAUGAAAAUACAAUAAAUCCGCUGAUUUGCGAGCUCAUAACUUUCUCCCAAUUUUUUUGUUACAUAAACAGAUUUCAAGAUAUUUAGAGAUAUGGUGUAAAAGGCAAAAAUGGAUAAAAAUACAUGCUCUUCAUUUAAAACCAACUUUUUCUUUUUCCCCCAGCAUUUCUGCACACUAAAAUUGCGUUUUACCUUCACUUGUGUUGAGAAAAUGGUGAAAAAAUGAACAGAAAUACCGUUUGUGAAUCACUUUUUCGGGUUUUUAACGUGAAAACUGCAUGUUUUCUUCCUAAAAGAAACAUUUCCAGAUUAAUGGACAAUGAAGGAAUGCUGAAAAUCAUCCGACGAACACAAUUCUAUCAAAAACCAUACAUGCAACGAAAAGCACUUUCGAUGGAAGCAUCGACUGCGAUUUUCAACGAAGAUAUGAAUCGAAAAAUGAAGUUUUUAGUGAGGAAAAAUCGAUCGGAUAAACAUCCAGGACAAGUCACCUCGUAA